AUGGGUCUUUCUACUGAACGUAUUGAAACUUAUGGUACUACACCAAUGAAACAUGUAACCUGUUCUAUCUGUAAAGAUAUUCUUUGGAAGCCACAAACAUGUAAUACCUGUAAAAAUGCGUUUUGCAAAGAAUGUCUCGACCAUUGGUUCAAAAGACAUCCUAAAACAUGCCCAAUGAAUCAUCAUUAUAAAGACGACCGUGUGCCCCCGUUACUUAACGACAUGUUGUCCGAAUUAAGAAUUUUUUGUCACAAUAAAGCUAACGGUUGCACAGACGUUCUGCCCUACGAUGCAUUGAAACAACAUGAACUUAAAGAAUGUAAUUAUCAACAAGUAAAUUGUCAUGGUUGUAAAAUUUCAAUGUUAAAGAAAGAUUUAGAUCAACAUGAAGCAGAAUGUGAUCAAAUUGAAAUUAAAUGUGAUCUGUGCCAAAUGAAGUAUCGACGAAAAGAUGUACACGAACAAGCACAAUGUUUGCAGAAUGCAGUUGUUCUACACGAUAAAGUUAUGGAACAAUUGCAGCAAAACGACCUAGCCACCACCACAGCUGCAAACAGUGAACCCUUAUUAGUUUCUCGAUCACGAGCAGAAAGUUGGGAUCAGGAGAAUCCCAGUUAUCAUUAUCAAAAUGCUUUCCUCGACAGUAGUGCAGUUGGACAAGCGUUUAUAGCACAGAAUACUAGUAGCUGGGAACCAAUGUCAAUUACAAUGAAUAACAACAGUUGUAUAUUUACAGUUGAGUCAUUUACAGCUUGUACACCACGUACCAGCGAGUUGCAAGUAAAAAUACGUGGAUGGAGAAAUGGUGAGAAGAAGUAUAAGAUGACGGUGACAUUGACACCAUAUUUAGCACAAAUUCCAUUGGAAAUGGAGGAUAUCCAUAAAAUUACAUUUGAUAUAAUAACUUUCAGUACAAAAAAGUGUUUUGCCAUGAGUGAAAUUAUUGUCAUAGCAUAA